AGUUAGUGCACGACUUACCAUGCGUUAUGGCGGUUGGAUCGAAAAAUUCCAGGUGACAAAUCUCAAAUUUUAAAGGGGAGGAUGAAUUAUUGUAUUAUGCAAGUUUGCAACAGGUCAUUAUAACUACCGGAUGGUUAUUCAUAGAUCAAGAUGGCAACACAGUUUAUGCCACACUAUGAUGCACAUGCUGCGGGAGGGCCACAAUUAGGCUACAACAUGGGUCAUCAGUCGGCUCUCCCCUCCAAAAAUACAAAUGGACGCAAUUUUGCAUUUAGAAAGAGGUAUGAGAGGAUUGAUUGGAGGAGAAUUGCUUCCAUUGAUGUGGACCAAGUGGCCAGGACAUUGGAUUUUAAUGCUCUGCAAGACAACAUCAUGAAUUUGACAUUCUGCAACAUAGAAGCCGAAAUGGAUGUGAGAAUGGUUGAUCCUAAUUUCAUCAAACUCUUCAAAUUGGCCCAAUUGACUAUAGAGUAUUUACUGCACUCUCAGGAAUAUUUGACGGGUGUUGUCUCUAACAUGGAAGAAAAAAUGAAGAAGGAGGAAGAGGAUCAUGCUGAAACAAAAUCACAGCUGGAGAAAGUUAAAAAGGAUAUGGCAGAAACCAAGAAAGAAAGUCACAAAAGGAAAAAGCUCCUCAUGGCCCAACAACAGUUGAUUCAUGCUGGAUCAGGCAGUUACAACAAGUGUCCAUUUUGUCCCAAAGCUUUUCUCAAUUCAUCUUUUCUCCAAUCACAUGUCAACCGCCGCCAUAACGAUUUUUCUGGUAAGGCAGCAUCUGUUGGUGUAGGAGCUGCCCAGAGCACAGGACAGAUUCCUCAGGUCACCAAGGAACCCAAAGAAGUAUUCCAGCAAUUUCAGAUUCAACAGGAACAUGCACAGACAGUUCAUGAAGUUUCAGCUCCACAAUCACGAGACAUCACAGCCAAGAUGGAGAUUGUACACGUUCAAGAGGAGGACAAGAAAGAAAUUGAGAAAAUUAAGGAUAUGUUUAUGAAAGAAUUACGAGAUAUGAAUGAAAAAUACCAGUCCUCAGAACGUGCCAUGAUAGAAAUGGAACAGAGGUUCAGCAAAAGGUCAAAUCUUGGUGACCUUCAGGAUGACAUUGACAAUGAGAAGGAAUUACUACGACAUCAGAAAGAAGAAGUAGCCAUGUUGAAGGAGCAGCUGGAGAACCAGUUAAGAAAUGCCAGUUUAGAUUCCUCCACCAGAACAAGUGAAAUGGACAGAAAGUCAAGGAGGGAGGAGAGAACUAGGCGAAGGCCUCCCGUACGUAAGCAGGAAGUUCGAGUAGAAAAACCUGUUGAAGAUGAAAUUGAGGAAAUGCUGGCAGAUGCAGGUGCAGCAGCAUCUCCUGAGAGAGUAACCCCCCGUGGAGGCCAGCCCAGUGGAGUGGAGGUGCCCACCAAGUUAAUGAUGGAACCCAGCGAUGAUGAUGAAGACACAGAGAUGAAAUCAGCAAGAGGCACAGGCACGGGUACAGGGAGCUUUGGUCGCGAAUCCAUGCAUAGCACUAUGGAUUCCUUUAGAAGUGGCGAGUUAACACUGAGGACCACACAAUUCCUUGAGGAACUGAGGAAAAACCCCACCCUGAAGCUAAUGAGAGAUGAGCUCAUCUCCUUACUGCAGGACAGUCUGGACAAAAUAGGAAUACCUCCAGAAACAAGAGGUAUUCCUGACGAUUUGUUGAUCAGUAAACUGGCCUUAUUAAAACAGAGGAGACAGACUACUGUGCAGAAAUAUCCCAUUUUCACUGAGUUUAGAAAGCAGUGCAAUGCCCAUGCUGAUCAGUUAGCCAGAGAAAAACUGAAGGAACAGAAAAAAUCGCCUCCACCAACGUCAUAUGCUGGUGUCAGAGCGGGAAUCCCUCCUCGUGCUAUGAAUACCAGCAGCAUGACGGCCUCAGGAACUUCUAGUCCGGUUCGAUCUGCCCAUCAGUCUCCAGUUCGUCAAGGGCCAGCCCCAGCCUACAGACAGCCAGCAGCUUCCGCUUCACAGAGACCCACAUCAGCUUCCACCGGUCAGGCCAGAGUCCCCCAGCCUCAAACACAGCCCCCCAGAACAGCAGUCUCACAACAACAACCAAAGCCAGCUCCCCGCAGUCCUCAGAGGACCCCCCACUCUACAGGGUCUAGUUUAGAGUGGACUAGCACACAGUGGGAGACUGGAGAUGAUGAGGAGACAGAUGAUGAUGAUGAUGAGGAGGAGACACCAGCAUUUGAACAUGUCAGGGUGGUACAGGCUGGGCCCGCAGGGAGAGCGAGGGGAAUCCCCGCCCAGCGAACUCAGCCUGCACCAGUGGCUAGACAGCCAGUACAGGUACAUGCCCGGGGGAAACCUCAAGACGAUGAUGAUGACGAUGAUGUAUGGGAUGAUUCCGAUAUAAGUGAUCUAGAAGAGGAGAUAUUGCCUGCUAAGUCUAGUACAGCACCUGGUCCUAUCAGAGUCCAAUCCUCACCAGCCAGAAAUUCUGGACUGGCCACCUCACCUUCCCGGGGUGGACCAGUCGUUGUACAACCCAGAGGACAAAAAGUUGCAGAACUCUCCCGCUCCAUAGAAAUGCAGCUGGCUGGUCGAAAGGAGAAGAAAAUAGCAGGUGCUGUAGACACUAUGGGAGGAAAGAAAGAAAAGGAUAUUCUGGACGACUUUAACUCAGACAGUGACUGGGACGUUUCUCCUGUGGAGGAUGAAGGCCCAGCACCUACUGCCCCUAAGAAAGUUCCAGUGCAAGUCAGAAGUAGCCAUGCUUCAGAUACCACCAACACUUAUGGUACCAGUGUCUGGGGAUCAUCCUCUAAAGGAGCCAGUACAGUGCCUGCCACUGGAACACAAGGAGGACGAGUGUCCAGAGGUUCAUACGUAAGUGUUACAGACGUCAGCUCAGACGAAGAACUGGAUCUGGACAACAUUUAAAGUUCCGUAGAAUUCAAUGAACGCCAGAAUAACUACUUAAAAUCCUCUACUUGUAUUUGGAGUAUAUUUGUAAAUACAUGAUACAUGUAUGUCUGAAUGUACGGGUUAUAGUGCUUGUAGGUGAUGACAAUUUGUAAAUUGCAGCUCAAUAGUUCAGUCUGAGGUUCCGGUUUGCUGAUACUUUAUAUCAGAUAAAAAAGACGUAACAAUAUCUAGAGUGAUUUGCACAUCAGCUGAAUAUUGAGGGUUUCUCUCCAACAGUUCUUUGACUUUUUUUUUAUUUAACUGUGUUUUUAUAGAGAAACUAUUGACAUUCAUAAUAGUAGGUUGUAAUGAAAAGUAGGAUCUGUGAUGCUGAAUUUUUUAUUGUGAAAUACAUAUCUGUUAGACAUACAUGUACAAAAUUGUACACGUAGUCAUGAUUUAUGCAAAAUACUUUAAUCUUUUGAGAUUGCUUACAAUUCCCUCCAGCCAUAUAUACAUUUUUCAUUUUUGAUAUUGAAAAGUGAAAAGACUUCAUCUCUUUGUAUUCCUAAUCUCUUGUAAGGUAUAGUUUUGAGUUGUGGCAUUUCACCUGUAGAUCUGUAUCAAGAUCACCAUUGAUUAUUAUCAUAUCUUUUGGAUUUUUCAACAGGUGUAAGAUUUAUAAGUGCCUGAAAUUAUUGUUGAAUAACAUGACGCAUAACUAUGGGUGAUAUCGGUUUAAUAUUCCAGUGACAUUGUUUUUACACUGAAGUGCAUAAAUGCUCCGUCCAGACGUCAAAAUGUGCUCCAGUAAUUUUUCAUAACAUUUAUUUUUAUAUUAUGAAUUUUAAGAAAGCUGACAUGAAAUAAAGAUUGACAUCUGCAUGUAUAUCUCGAGCUGUAAAUAGUAUUUUAUAGUUAUAGUAGAUGUAUGAAUGUUGUACUCGUGUGUACAUUUAUCAUAAAACAAAAGAUUAUAACAUAAUUUUAAAAAUGCCAUUCAUGUUAUUCAGCUACAUACAAUUUAUACUUCUAGCUAUAAAGAUGAUUUUAUUCUCAGUAACUUAUUGCUGAAUACUUCAAAGAGAUGUUUUAAAGUGUAGAAGCUAAUGAAAUUUUUUUUAGAUAUUAGUUUUCAGAAGAUAUAUUGACUUGCCGUCCUUGAAUCUUGCAUGUACAUGUAUGUAGCAUAGAAAGAGCCUGUUUGUGAUUAGAUGAGAUUAUUUGUUUCAACAUUUUUAUGCAAAUUAUUUAUCAUAUCGACAUUAUUUAUUUUAUAAGAUAGCCCCGAAAGAAAGAAACAGUUCAUUAGACGUUAAAACUGUACUGUUUCUGAUGCUUGGGGAAUAUUUUGAUUGUUUGAAUGUAGUUUUAUUCUCCGUAAGCUAUAGUCCACUCAUUUUUUUCCUGUCUUGAUACUGAUUGUAAAUUCUGAUGACAUUGAAUUGUAAUUAAUGAUAAAAUUCUGAUUCACAUUAAUAAAUGUAUGUAAUCAUCAAAACAAA